UUGCGGUGAUGAAAAUUGUGAUUUAUCUAAAUGUUUGUUAAAAAGUUGAUGGAAUUCAAGCUGGCAGAAUGAAGUGCGCAAAAUUGUUACUAACGUUGAUAUGCUGUUGGUCAUUAAUUUCAGGUGUUGUUUCGCAAAUCAGUGACCUUAGAUAUACAGAGACCACCAAUGACAACCUUGGCGAGGCCAUUCAAUUCCUGCGCGACUUUGACCGUGAGGCUGCCGAAAUGUGCAACCGAGUCACCAACAGCGAGUGGAAGUUCGCGAUCAACUCGACCGAGUUCAACAAGCGGCGCAUGCGCGAACAGCAAAAUCUGGCCAGCAAAUUUGAGUGUCUGAGCUGGCGCCGGGCAGCUUCGUUCGAUUCCUCGACCAUCGUCGACACCGGAAUCCGCCGUCAGCUGGGCCGAAUCGUGGAGCCGGGGCGGUGCGGGCUGGGCGAUGAUAAGUACGCGGAGAUUACGCACGUGAUUUCAUUGAUGAAGGAGAACUACAACAAUGCGAAAGUGUGUCCAUAUCAUGGACCGCAUGCCACGGCAAUCGCUGCCCAAAGCGCCAACUAUGUGACCGGAUAUGCAACGUACUGCGAUCUGAAGCUGGAACCGGAUCUAGUUCAGAUCAUGGAAACGAGCAAGGUGGAGCCCGAGUUGAAGCACUACUGGACAGCAUGGCGGGAAAAAUCUGGACCCCCUGUGAAGAACACCUUCAUGCGGUACAUCGAUUUGGCCAACCAAGCGGCGGAACGUCACGGUUUUAACGAUGCCGGAGACCAGAUGAGGUCCGUUUACGACGACAGUGACUUCUUCUUUACGGUUAACGAUCUCUGGACAAAAGUUCAACCUCUGUACAAACAGUUGGUUACGUUCGCACGGAAGGGUUUGGUACGGCAGUACGGUGAACACGUGGUCCGAAGGGACGGUCCGAUUCCAGUUCAUCUUUUAGGUAACAUGUGGGGUCAAAAUUGGCGCAACAUCCUGGACAUAAUCCGAACGAGUCCUCCCGAGAUGCCAGACAUUACGGGUGAAAUGGUUCGCCAAGGUUAUACGCCCCUGAAGAUGUUUCAAACGGCGGAAGAGUUUUUCACCUCGAUUGGUUUGCCACCGAUGGCUCCGGAGUUUUGGCGCAAUUCGCUGCUUCAAAAGUCCAACGAAGUCACGGGCAAUUGUGCUGCUUCGGCGUGGGACUUUUGCAACAAGGUAGACUUUCGCAUCAAGCAGUGCACCCAGGUAACGUUGGAUGAUUUCAUCAACGCUCACCAUGAAAUGACGCACGUCCAGUACUACAUGCAAUACUCGAGCCAACCGUUUCUGUAUCGCGAGGGACCAAACCCGGCGUUCCACGAAGCGUUGGCCAACGCAAUCAGCCUUUGCGUAGGAGGACCAGCUCAUUUGCAGAAAUUGGGACUUCUAAACACUGCCGUUUCGGUGCUCAACGGAAAUACCAUGAUCAACAUCGAAUACUUGCUAAACCUGGCCCUGGAUAAACUCCCAUUUAUGGCCUUCAGUUUGGCACUGGAAAAGUGGCGCUGGUACGUCUUUGAGAAAGGACCCGUAGGCAUGAACGCCCGCUGGUGGGAACUGCGACUCCGUUAUCAAGGCAUUAUCCCUCCCUUAGUCAGAGGAUACGAGCAUUUCGAUGCCGGCGCAAAAUUUCACGUUAUUUCCGACCAAGAUUACAUCAAAUACUUCGUUGCGACCGUUCUGCAGUUUCAAAUUUAUUCUGAACUUUGUCUUGCAUCGCACCACGUUGGCCCACUGCACACGUGCAACUUUUAUCGCUCGCGUGAAGCGGGAAGAAUCAUCAGCGAUGUAAUGCAGCAAGGUGCCUCCCUCACCUCGUCGCAACUGAUUAAGCUUCUGACGCGUGGGAAAACGUCGCGACUUUCGGUGGAGCCGCUGCUGGACUUUUUCAGACCGCUCGAAGCAUGGUUGGAGCUGCAGAACAGAGACGAACCCGUCAUCGGGUGGAGUUCACGCAUGGAAGAUGUGGCGCUUUAUCAACCCCUCGAACGAAACGGUAGGAAUGCAGCCGGAACUGGAACUGUGUUGAGCUGGAUGGUUCAGAUUUUUAUGUACACCUUCAUGUACGCAUUUUAUUGAGAAAAUUGUCUAGUUUUGCAUAAUGUAUAUAUUGUGGUUUUAACAUUUCAAUAAAAGUUGAUUUUAUCAAAUAGA